CGCAAAUUCGGCCAUUUCAUCGGCGCCGGCAGAAGCUUCAGAGAGUGGGUCUGUGCUCUGCUGUAAAGUCUUUUGCAAGUCGGUGAGGGGGGGGGAGAAACAGGAGAGCAGGAUCAAAUUUACAGGACAGGGGAGGAGAAAAAGGCAAGCAUUUUAAACUCACCAGGAAGAAGGACAGGAAAUGGCAACUGACAAGCUUGUAAGUUUCGCCAAGGAUUUCCUCGCUGGCGGCGUGGCUGCUGCAAUCUCCAAGACAGCGGUGGCUCCCAUCGAGAGAGUGAAGCUGCUGCUGCAGGUGCAACAUGCAAGCAAACAGAUUGCUGCUGAACAGCAAUACAAGGGGAUCAUUGACUGUGUUGUACGCAUUCCGAGAGAGCAAGGUUUCUUGUCCUUUUGGCGUGGUAAUUUGGCCAAUGUGAUCAGAUACUUCCCCACCCAGGCUCUGAACUUUGCUUUCAAAGAUGUGUACAAGCAGAUGUUCCUUGGUGGAAUUGACAAGAAACAAUUCUGGCGUUACUUUGCUGGUAAUCUGGCUUCUGGUGGUGCUGCUGGUGCUACAUCACUCUGCUUUGUCUACCCCCUUGACUUUGCCCGAACACGUCUGGCUGCUGAUGUUGGGAAAUCUGCCACAGAGCGGGAGUUCACGGGAUUGGGUAACUGUCUUACCAAGAUCUUCAAGUCAGAUGGCUUCAGGGGGCUGUACCAAGGCUUCAAUGUGUCUGUACAAGGCAUCAUCAUUUACAGAGCUGCGUACUUCGGCAUCUAUGAUACUGCUAAAGGAAUGCUCCCUGACCCUCAGAACACUCACAUUGUGAUCAGUUGGAUGAUAGCUCAGACAGUGACUGCUGUUGCUGGUGUGACUUCCUAUCCAUUUGACACAGUUCGUCGUCGUAUGAUGAUGCAGUCUGGUCGGAAAGGAGCUGAUAUCAUGUACAAAGGAACAGUUGACUGCUGGAGGAAGAUCUUUCGGGAUGAGGGUGGCAGAGCUUUCUUCAAGGGUGCCUGGUCCAAUGUGCUCAGAGGCAUGGGUGGUGCUUUUGUGCUGGUCUUGUAUGAUGAAUUCAAGAAGUUUGUCUAAAUGGUCAGAUGUCAAUGUUAUGUGCACCAGUGUUGUACUUGUAACAUAUCUUGUACAUUCAUGGACUGUUAAAAGUUACACCUAUUUAUGGGGACCCAUCUGGUAUCUUCUGGUUUGGGUUAUGAAGUGACCACAAUCAUUCUCAACUUAUUGUCAUUCCAUACUGCUGGGUCUAAAUUGCUUCAUCCAACUGAUCUUUUUAAAUUACUGUAACUAAAGAAAAAUAAAAGACUGUAAAUGAUU